UUAUAUCUUAGGGCUGUUAGUGAUAUCUCUUAGACCUUUAGAUAGAGGCGAUUCACAGUCUCUAAAAAACUUCUACUACAAUCGGUUGCUGCAAUAUACCAUCCGCGUUAGUUAAAAAGAUGUUCGGAACGAAAACUGGAAACGUGGAUAACUUUCAGGAACGUGCGGACAUUUCCAACGCGUUCGAAUUACCUUACUACGAAUCGCUUGGUCAUUACCUAACUCGUCUUGGGGUAAAUCCAUUUCAAGAUGACAGAGAGAGCAUCCUACGAUUGAUUCCGCUAGUACUGUUCUGGUUUACCGGUAUCACUCCAUUGUACAUAACAAUUUGGGAUACCAUGCGUAAGAAGGACUACGAUAGAAUGUUCGAGGAUUCACCGCAAGCACUUACAGCAGUCAUCAGUCUUGUAAAAUUAUUAAAUGUCUAUUCAAACAAAUCACGCUUUCAAUACUUGUUCAAUUAUAUAAUACGGGGAAGAAAACUAAUGAGGACAGACGUCGAAAGAAAGGUGCUAAAUGACAUCAGUAAGGAUGGAACUUUGCUCGCGGAUAUUUACAGGAGAUGCUUGUUACUUGCUAUGACAUUGUUUAUCUUUCUGCCAUUGUUCAAUCCCAUUAUGGAUGUUUUAGUGCCAUUAAAUGAAACUCGACCACGUCAACACUUGUUUCACGUCAAUUACGUGUUCAUGGAUGAGAUGGAACACUUUUUUAUUGCAUUCGUGCAUUUAGGUGUCAUCGCAGUUUUGACCGUGGUAGUCAUAAUUAGUAUAGAUUCGUUAUAUAUUAUUAUCAUACAUCACGCUUGCGGAAUGUUCGCAGCAUGUGGGUAUAUAAUUCAGAACGUAACCGAAAAAAUGGAAGAAAACAAUUUCACGGGUACCUACGAAGAAUAUAACCGUUGUAUAGACAUUCAUUACGAAGCCCUCCAGUUUUACGACGUCCUGUAUAGUUGUUGCCGAAACUCGUACUUGAUUCAAAUGGGAUUAAAUAAUAGUGUGUUAGAAGUAGCUAACAUUUAUAGCCAUUUGUCGAAAGUGAACAUCACCAAAUACGUUCAUCAAAACAUAAACCAGUGCCAACAAAAUGAAGUUAUUGCUAACUUGUACCGUUAUAUCAUAUGUUCAGAUUUUCAGGAAAAUGACGGUAUUGUUACUGCGUUCGAGCUACCUUUUUAUAAAACACUUGGUGACUACAUGACUCUUAUAGGAGUAAAUCCGUUUCAAGACAACAAAGUCAGUCUUGCACGAUUAAUUCCGCUAGUAGUAUUCUGCUUUACUGGUUUCACUCCAAUGUACAUAAGACUCUGGCAAACGUUCCGCAACAGGGACUUCGAUGGACUCUUCGAGGAUGCACCGCAAGCACUUACAGCACUCAUUAGUAUUGUAAAAGUAUUAAAUGUCUAUUCAAAUAAAUCACGCUUUCAAUAUUUAUUCAAUUAUAUAAUACGAGGGAGGGAACUAAUGAAAUCACCUCUAGAAAUGAGUGUAUUAGAUAAAGUUACCAAUGAUGGGACUACGCUUGCGACUAUAUACAGAAAAUGUCUAUGGUUUACUGUGACACUAUUCAUCUUUCUGUCUAUGUACAAUCCAAUCGUGGAUGUCAUUGCGCCAUUAAAUGAGACACGACCCCGUCAACAUUUAUUCCACGUCAAUUAUUUGUUCCUAGACGAAAUGGAAAAUUUUUGGCCGGUGUUCGUCCAUUUAAGUAUGGUUGCCUAUGCGACCGUGAUAAUCAUAGUCACUAUAGAUUCAUUAUACAUCAUUGUCAUAUAUCAUGCUUGUGGAAUGUUUGCAGCAUGUGGGCGCCUAGUUCAGAAUGCGACAGAAGAUACUGUUGAAAAUCAAGGAGGUACUAUAGACGCUAAUGGAUACAAAGAGUAUAAUCGAUGCAUAAACGUGCAUUAUGAGGCUCUACAAUUCUACGACGUCCUCGAUAUUUGUUGCCGGAACUCGUACUUGAUUCAGAUGGGGAUAAACAUGAUAGUUGUUAGCACCACAGCUGUUGAGUUAGUUAUGUUUUUCGAUCGCCCGGCUGACGUCGUUCGACUUGCUUGUUAUCUUGCGGCACAACUGUUCCAUUUAUACAUGAUUAGUUUACCUGGACAACGAUUGUUGGAACAAAGCGUACAAGUGGUCGACAAAGUAUGGUUCUCCAGAUGGUAUGAGAUACCUGUGAGGGCACAAAAAAUGCUUAUUCUGAUGGUGCUGAGGGCCAAUAGACCAUGUAUAUUGACAGCAGCAGGACUCUAUCAAAUGACAAUAGAAAGUUUCGGAAUAACUGUUAAAGCGUGCAUGUCGUAUUUCACUAUGUUCUUGUCCGUGAGGGACUAACUGUGUCCAUGGAAAGUUAUACUUCGUCGAUCGUAAUAUGUUUCAUGUUUAAUAUAUACUUAUAUACAUACAUAUAAAUACAUAUAAGUAUUUACAAGUUAGUACUA